AUGGCGUCCUUUUAUCGCCAGAAUUCCGACACAACCAGUAAACUAUUGCUCGGCAUCAAACACUGCGAGAUGGCCCUAUUCUAUGUAUUCCUAGGCUCCGAUAUCAUCAUGAAUCUCACAUCAACAGUAUUCGACUCUCUAAGAGUGUAUGCAGUAGGCGGCAGGUCAUGGCGCUACGCCGUGGUGGUGGCUGUGCUGAAUUCCACGUUUCUCCCUCCGCGUAUUUGUCUCGGGGUGUAUACUGGGUAUGGAUUUGAUGUCUACGACGUGUCCAACGCUAUCCCAUUUAUUACCGACACGCCUGAGUUCCUGUCCAUAUUGAACAUCACUUACAAGAUCAAGAGAGAUGCUGAUCAUGUAAAAAUGAAGGUACCAUUGACGACUCUGCUGUUGCGAGAUGGUACUCUGUACUUCCUCUUGUUCUUCAUUAGUAACAUCAUUUACAUAGUCGCUUACCUGAACGACUCCUUUUACUAUGUCAAUUGUCUUACCCAGCCAGCCCCAGCUAUGGUGUUGUCUAGCUUCAUUCUCAACCUCCGUGAGAUCUACAUGUCAGACACCAGCGGGCCGUACUCGCGACCGUCCUUUGACGUCUCACGCGCGUCAGACCUACGCUUCGCGUCGCGUAUUGUAGGAAACAUCGGCGCGCCGCUCAGUCUCAGCGUUGCAUCACCUAUCGAUGGCGGUAAUGUCGCGGAGCGCAAUUUGCCGGGUGACGGGUUGGAGGAUGAAGACGGAGAUGAGCUGAGCGAUGACGAGAUUCAGGAGGUUCCACGGGUCUCGCAUAAUCCUCUCGCGGUGGAUUUCGUGGAAGAGGAGUACUAUUAG